CUUUUGUUGAUAUGUUGUCAAUUCGGGUUAGUACGGCAAAAAUAAAAUAAUAAUUAAAUAAAUAUAAAAUAUGACAUAAAAAUGGAUAGUGAAGAUUUUAAAAACUUCCUUGGUAUAACAGCUUCAAUAUGCGCUAUUUUGCAGUUUCUAACUGGAAUCCUUGUUUGUCAAAAAGUUAUACAAAAUAAAAGUACGGGUGAUAAUUCUUCUUUUCCCUUUGUAAGUGGAUGCCUAUCCACUGCAUUAUGGUUAAGAUAUGGAUUUUUGAUUGAAGAUAAAUCAAUUAUCUUUGUAAAUGCGGUUGGAUCCUUAUUAUUUAUUGCCUAUGUGGUAGUUUUUUACUUAUACAGUAUUAAAACGGAAUAUAUUAUUCGCCAAAUAAUUACAUGUGGCUUGAUUUUACUAGCCACAUUAUUAUAUGUAAAAAAUGCAUCAAAUUUGGAAGAAGCCCAGAAUCAUUUGGGCUUAAUUUGCACAGGAGUUACUAUUUUGUUUUUUGCUGCACCAUUAUCGUCCCUUAUGCAUGUUAUAAGGGUAAAAAAUACAGAAAGUUUGCCAUAUCCCAUUAUUCUUGCUUCGUUUGUUGUCUGCAUCCAGUGGCUGUUAUAUGGAUACCUACUGGAGGAUAUGUUUAUACAGAUACCAAAUUUUCUUGGCGCCCUGCUCUCAGGAUUUCAACUAGGACUUUUCUAUGUAUACCCAACAAACAAUAAGUCAAAACUUUAUUCAAGUGAUAUAAUAUAAUUACCUACUGUUAAAAUAUUUUAACAUGUAAAAUUUGAAAUGUAUGCAAAAUAUCUGAAUCCCUAUAUUUAUAAGUAAUAGAAAUUUAAAUGUAUAUAUUUGCAUUUUCAAAUUUUACAUAUACUUGAAGGUAUUAAUUAAUG